GACAGGAUCACAAAGCCAUUGACAUUUGCUGACUGUGUUGGUGAUGAGCUUCCUUUAGGAUGGGAAACUGUUUACGAUCAACAGAUUGGAGUUUAUUAUAUGGACCACAUAAAUCAGCUCACACAAAUUGAGGACCCAAGGGAGCAAUGGAGAAGGGAGCAGGAACGCAUGCUAAAGGAAUAUUUAAUAGUUGCCCAGGAGGCACUCAAUGCCAAGAAAGAGAUAUACCAAAUAAAGCAGCAGCGUUUUGAACUAGCCCAAGAAGAGUAUCAACAGUUGCACAAAAUGUGUGAAGAUGACAGCCAUUCUUAUGCCAGCUCAUUCUCUGGAUUUUCAGCUAAUACUAAGUAUGACCCAUAUCAGAUUAAAGCAGAAAUAGCCAGCCGUCGUGACAGACUUUCUAGGCUAAAACGAGAAUUGGCACAGAUGAAGCAAGAGCUGCAAUAUAAAGAAAAAGGAGUGGAAACUCUGCAAGAGAUUGAUCGUAAGAUGUCAAGUGCUCAUACAAAUUAUAGGCUGGAUGAAGCACAAGCUAUAAUGAGUGAGCUUCGAACUAUAAAGAAAGCUAUAUGCACAGGUGAAAAAGAAAGGCAGGACCUUAUGCAGAGCCUGGCCAAAUUAACAGAUGGAUUCAGGAAUAGCUGUUGUAUUACAGAUUCCCUACAAGAUCUCCAGCACAAUUCUGGUUUGCUUGGUGACUCCUGUUUACCUCAACAACACUGUGAUGCUUGUUCUCAGACUGAAAUCACUGGAGAGUUUGGGUUUGAUGACAAAACAAGACUUGUAGACAAAGUAAGACUGAACUGGCAAUAUGAAGAGGCUAAGAAAAGAGUUUCAAAUAUACAACAGCAGCUGGCCUUGCUAGAAAAUGAGUCUUGGCCAGGAAUGGCUGAAGCGGACAGGGACCGUCUUCAGCUCAUCAAAGAGAAGGAGGCUCUUCUUCAGGAGUUACAGCUCAUCAGUCAGCAGAGACGAUCCCCAGAAGACAUUGCACGUUUGGAGGAAGAAAAAAGACGCUUGGAGGAUGAAAUCCAGCGGGCUCGAGCAACAUCUGCUCAUGGGGCCACUGAAAGGAUACUGUUACAGGAAAAGAGAAAUUGUUUGCUUAUGCAACUAGAAGAAGCUACACGCUUAACCUCAUAUUUACACUCCCAGUUAAAAAGUCUGUCAGCUAGCACCCUCACAAUGUCCUCUGGCAGCAGCAGGGGAUCCCUGGCCUCCAGUCGAGGAUCCUUGGCCUCCAGCAGAGGCUCCCUCAGCUCGGUCAGCUUUACGGACAUCUAUGGCCUUCCACAGUAUGACAAAUCAGACAGCGCUACAGACUACGGCCAGCAUUUACGCUUUGACAUCAUUCCCUUCGAGUCUCUCACAAAGGAUGUGCCAUAUGCUGAUCCCAUUGGGCAUUCAAAUUUCAGUAAGCAGCGGAGGUCUCUGGAUACUGCACAGUCCCUGGCAUCCCUGUCAUCACGGUCCUCCUUGUCAUCAUUGUCCCCUCCAAGCUCACCUCUGGACACCCCGUUUCUCUCUGCAUCUCGAGAUUCUCCCUUGGCUCAGAUGUCAGAAGGUUUUGAGGAGAUGGCAGGCAUAGGAGCCCUGGAAAUUCUCAGGGCUCAAACCACGGCGUUGGGUGAUGAUGAUACUCAAGGAACGAGCUCAUCUCAGGCGUCCACUUACCCUGUGGACAAUGAAGGGCUGCGAGAAAUGGGAUCACAGCUGACUGCUGUCCAAACUGGUGGAGCUGUAACUCUGCGAGGAGACAGUGGUAGAAGAUCGGAGAGGAGAGCCAGGCGAGUUUCAGCAUGUCUCUCAGAUCAUUCACUGGCUAGUGACAGUGGCGUGUUUGAAGCUUUAAGCAAAAGGAAUGAAGAUCUGGAAGAGCCUGUUUAUGGUGAUGCUGCCAGUAAUGAAGAACCACAAAUACAUGUUGGAUUUCUGCAUGACAGUGGAAGCGAAUGUCUGUUAGUCCAUGUGUUACAGCUGAAGAACUUUAAUGGCCUAAUUGUUAAAGAAAACUGCAAAAUUCAUGUGAGAGUUUAUUUGCCACCACUUGAGUCAGGCACACCAACCACUUACUGCUCUAGAGCUUUGGAAUUCCAAACUCCAUUAAUAUUUAAUGAAGUUUUCCGAAUCCCCGUGCAUUCAAGUGUCUUGAAAUUAAAAUCACUGCAGCUGUAUAUCUGUUCAGUUGACUAUCAGCAACAAGAAGAACUAUUGGGCAUUGCUCAGAUAAACCUGGCUGAUGCAGAGAGUUCUGGUGAGAUGCAGCUUCACUGGUAUACUGUUCAGAUCUUCACUGGUUCAGACCCCCAGAGGGCAAAGAACAAAAACCAGUGUGACGACAGCAUUCCCCGGUCUUCUGGAAAUGUAACUACAGUUAAAACAGAUGCAGUGACAGCCCUUUUAGCUAGGACUACUGCCCAGCUGGAAGCAGUUGAGAGACAGUUAGCAGAAGAGAGAGUGAAACUGGAGUACACAGAGGAGGAAAUCCUGGAGAUGGAAAGAAAGGAAGAUCAGGCAGAAGCUGUAUCAGAGAGGAGUUGGCAAGCAGAAUCUGUUGACAGUGGAUGCAGUAAUUGCACCCAGACUAGUCCUCCUUAUCCAGAACCAUUUUGUGGGGAUUCGUUAGCUGGACACAUGUUUGCCACUCAAGCAGGCCAGUACAGUUCUGGAAAAAUGCAGCCUCCGCCACUAAAGGUGGAUAAGGAAACUAACACUGAGGACCUGUUUCCUGAAGAAGUUGCUAUUCUUCCAAAAGAGAGAGCUAGCCGCAGGCCCCGGGGCUCUGCCUUUGUUCGCAGUAGCACUAUUGUUCGUUCCCAGACCUUCUCGCCUGGAGCACGAAGUCAAUAUGUUUGCAGACUGUAUCGCAGUGACAGUGACAGUUCAACUUUGCCAAGGAAAUCCCCUUUUGUCCGGAAUACGUUGGAGAGGCGUACUCUACGGUAUAAGCAGCAGUCCUGCAGAUCAUCUUUGGCUGAGCUUAUGGCAAGGACACCCUUAGACCUGGAGCUGGAUCUCCAGGCAUGCAGAACAAGACAGAGACAGCUGAACGAGGAGAUAUGUGUGUUAAGAGAGCUGAGACAGCGUCUGGAAGAUGCCCAGCUCAGAGGGCAGACAGAUCUACCCCACUGGGUCCUUCGGGAUGAGCGGUUCCGAAACUUGUUGAAGGAAGCAGAAAGGCAGACCAGACAGACCAAAUUUGAACAUCGUCAGGAACAAGCAGCUGAAAAGAUGCUUAAGAAAGCAUCAAAAGAAAUUUACCAGUUGCGUGGGCAAAAUCAGAAGGAGCCUAUUCAGGUGCAGACUUUUAGAGAGAAGAUAGCUUUUUUCACAAGACCAAGGAUUAACAUACCUCCUCUGCCAGCUGAUGAUGUAUGACGUGUUGCAUUGUAAACAUGAAGUAUUUAUCGCUUUUAUUUUAAUGAAGUUAUUAGAUUAGCCAAGUUUCUUUAAAAAAAAAUUGUGCAAAAGCUAAUAUACACAUUUUG